AUGUUGGAUCAGACCAAUGAAUUGGUGGCCAAGUUUCGGAUGGCACGUGAUCGAUUUGAAAAUUCAGACUUGGUUGAUUUGAAGGUAGAGCUCAAAGUAUGCAGAGCACAAAGUGGUAGAGAGAAUCAUAUUUCCUCUUCUGACGAGGUAGCGGGUAUAAUGGUUGGUAGCAGUGACUGUACUAUUGCUGACCGCGAUAUAAUAGUUGAGCAGAAAUUUGGUGGCUUGAAAAGAAUAUCAUAUAUUCACCCUAAACUCAUGGCUCUCCAAUACCCCCUACUUUUUCCCGACGGUGAGGAUGGUUAUCACAAUAGGAUACGGUUUCAGAGCGCAGAUAAAGAUUCAGACAAAGAACGUGACAUGAUAUCAAUGAAGGAUUAUUACUCCUACAAAUUCCAAGUGAGACAGAAUGAAGGAAUAACUCCUAGAUUAGGAGGGCGGCUUUUUCAACAGUAUAUGGUCGAUGCAUUCUCUACUAUGGAGCAGACUCGAUUGUGGUGGUUUCAUACACACCAAACCAUCCUCCGAAAUGAAUUGUACACCCAUAUCUGUGAUUCUGUUAGGAAUGGAGAUGGGAACUCAUCCAAUGUAGGUAAAGGAGUCAUUUUGCCAGCUGGAUAUGUAGGUUCCAAGCGUUACAUGCAACAAAAUUUUCAGGAUGCACUGGCUGUCUGUCGUCACAUAGGACAUCCUGAUAUUUUUUUGACCAUGACUUACAAUUCCAUGUGGGAUGAGAUUCAGAGGAUGAUGGCUUAUCUACCUGGCUGUCUUUCUGCAAACAGCCCCGAUAUAAUAUCCAGAGUGUUCCGGUUGAAGCUGGAACAACUAACAAAUGAUAUUAAAAAAAAGUCACAUUUUGGGAGAUGCGUUGGAGUUAUGUAUGUGGUGGAGUUUCAAAAGCGCGACCUACCCCACGUUCAUAUGUUAAUUUGGCUUGAUGGUCCUUCUAAGAAAUUCUUAAAAGAAAAUGUAGACAAGUUUGUUUCAGCAGAGAUUCCAGAUCCUGAAGUUGAUCCUGAUGGAUACGCUGCUGUCAAAGCUUAUAUGAUGCAUGGUCCAUGCGGCUUACAAAAUCCAAAAUCUCCUUGCAUGAAGAAUUUUAAAUGUAUACGCCAUUUUCCGAAAAAGUAUUGCGCAAGAACAGUAUUCGAUGACAGUGGCUUCCCACUGUAUAUGCGGCGCAAGAAAAAUGUUAAAGUCCAUGUCCACAAAGUUGAUUUGGAUAAUCAGUGGGUGGUCCCGUUCAAUCGGGAUCUAUUAGUGAAAUAUCAGUGUCAUAUGAACAUUGAGAUUUGCUGCCAUGCUCGGAGUAUAAAGUACCUCUUCAAAUACUGUCUCAAGGGACAUGACACUGCAACUGUGGAAAUUACUGGCCGAUGGAAGCGAAAACAAAAUGAGAGCACUGACCAGCGUGUAGAUGAGAUUCAAGCAUACUUUGACGGCCGGUAUGUUUGUGGUGCUGAGGCGGCGUACAGAAUUUUUGGCUUUCCUAUACAUCACAGAACAUUGUCUGUGGAAAGCUUGCCAUUCCAUUUGCCAGGUCAGAAGAACUACACUUUUCGUGCCAACGAAUCUCUCGAGAAAGUGGUGGAGCGCGAGAAGGAAAGGCUUAGUAAGUUGGAAGCUUUUUUCAUGUUGAACCAGGUUGAUGUGAAGGCUAGAUGUUACACCUAUGACCAAAUACCCCAGCACUAUGUUUGGAAUGACACUCAAAGAAAAUGGACUCCAAGGAAGAGAGGCAACCAAAUAGGUCGCUUAUCUUAUACACAUCAUAGCAGUGGUGAGGUUUGGUACUUGCGUAUGCUACUCACCAAAGUUCAAGGUCCUACAUCAUUUGAAAGUUUAAGAACUGUCAAUGGAGUGCUCUGCCAUUCUUUCUGUGAUGCAUGUAAGGAAUAUGGAUUGUUGGAUGAUGACAAAGAGUGGCAUGAUGUGCUAGACCAGUGUGCAGCUGGCGGAUUGCCUCCUCAGAUUCGCCAACUGUUUGUCCACAUUAUAGUUAAUUGCAAGGUCACUGACAUUGCAACUUUGUGGAAUAAUCACUGGAAACAAAUGGUGGAUGACAUUUUGUUGAAGAGGCGUCUGCUAAGUGAGAAUCAGAAUCUCAUCCUUAAUGAUUUCCAGCUACAGUUCUAUGCCCUUGCAGAAAUAGAUGAUUUGCUAAGAGCUAUUGGAAAGAGUCUCAAGAAUUACUCUCAGUUGCCACAACCACCAGCAAGCUAUCCCCAUCAGGGGACCAAUAACUUGAUUAUUGAAGAAACUAGCUACAACCUUGCUGAAAUGAAAGCUGAGCACGAAAAACUAAUUGCAAACUGCAACGAAGAGCAAAUUAAUGUUUAUAGAGCUGUGUUAGAUUCUGUUCAGGGUAAUCAAGGUGGAUUAUUUUUCCUUUAUUGGAGUGGUGGUUGUGGGAAAACCUAUGUAUGGAGGACUUUGAUCGCCAAAUUACGGUCUGAAGGUCAGAUUGUUUUGCCGGUGGCCACCUCUGGGAUUGCAGCUACUCUUCUCCCCGGUGGCCGGACAACGCAUUCGCGGUUCAAGAUACCCAUAAUUCUGGAUGAAUUCUCUCUUUGCAACAUUGGACACAAUUCAGAUAUAGCUGAGCUUAUUAAGGUCACGAAACUCAUCAUUUGGGACGAAGCGCCUAUGCAACAUAGGUACGCUUUUGAAUGUUUGGAUCGCUCGCUUAGAGAUAUUAUGAAAUCUGUUGAUCCUUCAAGAGCAAAUCUGCCAUUUGGAGGAAUUACAGUCCUCCUAGGUGGAGAUUCAGAUGCUGGUGAUGGCAAUCUUCCACCAGCAGACCCGACUGAAUUCCCAAAUGCAAAAGAGAAUGAUAUUGUCAUACCAGCUCAGUUCUGUGAUCUUAUUAUAGGCAAUUCGGUUGAGAACAUGAUCUCAGCUACUUUCCCAGAUUUUAGCACCAACUGCAAAGAUGCGAAGUACUUACGCGAAAGAGCCAUAUUAACUCCUACCAAUCAAACUGUAAGUCAUCUCAAUUCACUGAUCGUAGACAAAAUGCCAGGCGAUUCUGUUUCAUACUAUAGCGUUGACACUGUUGAGGAGUUUGGCGGUACCGAAGAUGAUUUCAACUCAGCUUUCCCGAUAGAAUAUCUAAAUUCUAUCAACCUUCCUGGAAUGCCACCACAUGAUUUGAAGUUAAAGGUCGGAGUUGUAGUUAUGUUGAUGAGGAAUUUAAACCAAACACUUGGUUUAUGUAAUGGAACAAGAAUGAUCAUCACAAAAUGUCUUAAAUUCUGUGUGGAGUGUGAAGUAAUUUGUGGUUCAUUCGCCGGGACACGACAUUUUAUUCCAAGAAUGGAAUUAUGUCCCAGUGAUACUCGCAUGCCUUACAAGUUGAUUAGAAAGCAGAUGCCAUUACAAAUAUGCUAUGCGAUGACUAUCAACAAAGCACAAGGUCAGUCACUUGAGACUGUUGGAUUGUUCCUUCCCAAAGCAGUUUUUACGCAUGGCCAAUUUUAUGUUGCAAUUAGCGGAGUUACAUCUCCACAUGGAUUACGAAUUUUCAUUGAUGAUGAUAGUGGACAGCCUACUAACGUCACGCAGAAUGUGGUGUACCAAGAAAUUUUCUACUCUUUACCAAAGACCUAG